UUACUGCGUGUUUAAAAUUCGCAUAAAUUAAAAACGAAAACUACGGUUUCGCAUUAUCUUGAAAUUUAUUUCUUUGUCGACAAAAAUUGCUGGCAAAACAGUAAUACGAUAUAUCUGCGUAUGCAACAAGUGUCAUGAAAUCGACGCUGAAACUCAGGGACAUUUCGGUUAAACUCAGUUAAGCUCAAUUCGCAUAUACGUAUCAGAACGGUGCGGACAUGAUAUGUCAAAUAUUGAUUUUGUGCACUGAGAAAACGCCGGGUAAUAAUCUUUAUAUCAAUCCUUCGUCACGUUGCAGCUGCAGCAUGAGUCAGCUGACGGCGGACAAAGAUGUUCCUUGGACGUGCAUAACCACUUUUGGCGGCAAAAAUAGACUCGCUUAUCAUGCCACACAAAUAUUCAGAUAUGCAAGUCACUUGUUAUCGUUGUUAUAUAUCUAUUGCAUGAUAAUUAUUGUCGAUUAGAAAAUUUCUACAUGGCCAAAUUAGUAUAAUUAUGUCAAAGAAGAAAAGAGAUCAUGAUUGGGCAGAAAAUGGUUUUGAAGAAUGGGGCGGCUAUAUGGCUGCGAAGAAGGCCAAACUGGAGGAGCAGUUUCGCAAAACGGCCAGCAAGGAAUUUAAUAAGGAAUCGUCGAAACUGCUCGAGGGAAUUGCGAUAUUCGUGAACGGUUACACGGAUCCAACGUCGGACGAGCUCAGACGUAUAAUGAUGACGCACGGGGGAAUGUAUCAUCAUUACAUGCGGCCUAAAAUCACCACUCACAUUAUAGCGUCCAAUCUGCCGUAUUCCAAAAUAAUGAUGUACAGAAGGAGCCAGAAUCCAAUUCCCAUUUGUAAGCCGCAGUGGAUCGUCGACAGCAUAGCAGCUGGAAAGAUCUUGAAUUUCCAGAACUAUUUACUUUAUUCCAACAGCACUAGCGUGCAGCCUCAGUUGGCAUACAAAUUAAGUAACGGGGAUAAGAAUAAUGCCAGCUCAAUCGUGCACGACGAACGAGACACCGAAAAGCCUGAAGCUUCAGCGGACACCGUUCGCAACGAAACUGAUACAAGUAACGGGAAUUCGUCAAAGGACGACGCGUGUAAUGGUGCAUCGAGACAAGAUGCGACCAACUCUUGCCAAUCAUCGAAUACGAGAACAGGCGCGCAGUCGACGAGGGACGCUGAGUUUCUGUCGGCGUUUUACAGUAACUCGAGACUGCAUUAUAUCUCUACCAUGGGAACUACGUUUAAAGAUUACGUGAACGAGCUGAGGGACAAGAGCGACGGGGUAUUUUCCGGCCUCGAGCGUUUGAUAAAAUUAAGAGGCACCAGGAACGCCUCGGUUGCCUGCGAAUCGGAUUCCGAGGACGAGGCGAUUUUUACAGAUAAAAUUACAAGCAAAACGAACCGUGGGCAGCGACCUGUUGUAAUGCACAUCGACAUGGACUGCUUUUUCGUGUCCGUGGGAAUAAGAAGUCGACCGGAGUUGCAUGACGCACCGGUGGCGGUGGCGCACGCUAAGGGCAACACGUUCUCGGCGAAUCACGACGGCAGGGAGGAGUUCGGCUCGAUGUCGGAGGUAGCCUCGUGCUCGUACGCGGCGAGAGAGGCCGGCGUGAGGAACGGCAUGUUUCUGGGGGAGGCGUUGAAGCUGUGCCCGAACUUGCGGACGAUACAGUACGAUUUCGAGGGCUACAAGGAAGUCUCUUACGUACUGUACAAUACUGUGGCGUCGUACACUUUGGACAUCGAGGCGGUAAGCUGCGACGAAAUGUACGUCGACUGCACGAAAAUCCUCGAAGCGUCUGGACUCUCGCCGUUGGAGUUCGCUACGAUAAUUAGGAAUGAAAUAAAGCGGAAAACGGAUUGCCCGGUGUCCACGGGAUUUGGCAGUAAUAAGCUGCAGGCGAGACUGGCAACGCGAAAGGCUAAACCCGACAAUCAAUUUUAUCUCAGCGAUCGGAAUGCAGAGACAUUCAUUCGAUCUUUUAGUAUAAGAGAUUUACCAGGAGUGGGCGGAACGACAACGUAUAAAUUACGUAAAAUGAAUGUACAUACGUGCGAAGAUUUACAGAAGAUCUCGUUGGGAGUUUUACAGAAGGAAUUCGGCAAAAAGAUGGGAGAGCAGUUGUACAAGAUGUGCCGUGGAUUGGACGACACAAAGCUGAAUCUGGAGUACGUCAGAAAAUCUGUAUCGGCCGAAGUUAAUUACGGCAUAAGAUUUCAGAAUAAUGGCGAUGCUGUCGACUUUUUGAGCGAAUUAUCCGUGGAAGUGUGCAAUCGGUUGACAGCAGCCCGUGCGAAAGGCAGAUGCAUCACGCUAAAAUUGAUGGUCAGAGCUGAGGAAGCGCCGAAGGAAACCCCGAAGUUCAUGGGCCAUGGUCUUUGCAAUUAUAUUACAAAAUCGAAAAAUCUUAUAGCGGCCGUUGACGAUGUCAGUAUCAUCAAAAAGGAAGUUAUAAAUAUUUGGAAUCAGUUGCAUUUAAUACCCGAAGAUAUGAGAGGAAUUGGAAUACAAAUAUCUAGACUGGAAAUAUGCAAGACUAAGCAGGCUAAAAGCAACUUAAUUAAUUUCUUUAAUAAAACGAAAAGGUCACAACCAAUCGAUAAAACGUUGGGAGAUGACAACAAAGAUACUCGUUGUGUCUCAGACGAGAAAUCUGAACCGGAUUGCUCUGAAGUACCUUCAACUACAGAAUCAUUAGCAAUAAAAAAAAAUUGUGAUACAGAAAUAAGUAAUUUGCCGUUGGAAUCAGCAAAAUCUUCGAACGGCGUCGAUUCAGAAAUUCCAGUCAGUGUUCAAGUCGAGCCGUCAACGUUUGUGGCUAAAUCAAAAAGUAAAAAGUUGCACAAUUCUAAGGUAAAUAAAAAUACUAAAGUGAAGGAAAUGCUUGGAAAGUCCAAUAAGAAAGUAAUGCAAAGGCAGACGUCUCAAGAGAAUUUCUUUAAACAAGUAAAACCAAACGGCGGGAGAUCUUCGAAAUACGCGAUACCACAAAUGCACGAUCUCGAUAUGUCCGUGUUAGUCGAAUUGCCCGCAGACAUAAGAAACGAGAUAUUCGAUGAAUACAAGAGAAACAAGAAGCAGGCUGCGAUAAGUGCCGCGAGCAGGGUUGAUCCGGUGAAUGAAGUUAAGUACGACGAGGAGAGUUCGAAUGUACAGAAUUGCUCGCAAGUUGAUCCGGAUGUUUUAUUAGCUUUAAUGGAAAACGAUUUGCAUCCCGAUGUGCAACGCGACGUGCAGAUGUACUGCGAUAUGAAGAGAGAGGCGAACAGAGCGAAUUCGAAAGAAACAAAUGAGAAAAGCGAUAGCGAACGAUUGCAGGAAACGAAUGCGAUUUCUUCAAAAAUCAAUGAUAACAAAGAGAAUGCAAUACUUGUAAAGAGCACUUGUACAAAUAAACCCGAACGUAUACCACAAGAGAACGCAAUGCAUGCCGGAGAUCAAUUGUGCGAAAAGCAUGACGCGGUCGAAGCAACAUCCACAUCGUGUCGGAUCGAUCAUGUUGACACUUCACAUAAUAAUGUUACGAUGGAUAAAGCCGAUACCUUUAUUUUACAGAAUUUAAGUAUUUUACAUAACAAUGAGAACGUAGAUAAACAUCAUGAAAUGUUGAUUAAUCUUGUGAAUCAUCUCUUCACCCUUCCAUUACAACAGGUAAAACUGCAAAUACAAACAUGGGUUACUAAAUCUAAUGUCGUGAAUGAAGUAGACUUCCUGUCACUCGCGACGUUUCUUAGCAUGCUUCCCGGAAAGAAACGUAUCGAAGAUCUACACAUUUUGUUGAAAACCAUGCACAGAUGUACAACGAAAACCGGGAACUGCAUUUGGCAUAGAACAUACAGAAGAACCGUGAAACAUGUCCAACGUUAUAUGCAGAUCGAGUACAACAACAAUCUAAUGGUACCGUUGAUCAGAUGUAAUGAUCCGAGAUGUGAUAACGAUAAUUGAAUUCGAAAUCUUCGUAAAAUUUAAUAAAUUAAAUUUCUACUAAUGAGUGUGUAAUAUAAGAAAUCUAUUUACAAG